GAUAAGAAGUGCAGUUUUGGAUGGUCGCAGGCUCAGGUCGAAUACGCAGAUUGUGCAGUCUACCGCGGCCUGGCAAAUGCAAGCGAUAAACUCAAACGGCAACCGUUAUGAGGUAAGCUGCACACUUGGGUCGAGAGCUCUGGGUCCAAAGAGGACUAGAUCAGAUCACCAGACACCACGCCGGUUCUUCCGACUGGAUUAGAGUGUGUAGGCACCAUUGGGAUUUUCGAUCGAGGGGCUUGUCGGCCCUCACCAACAACCUCUUCUGGCAGUUUCAUCCCAUCCAACUACCUCGCACUGAAUUCCGAAUCGUAUGAUGGCCUGCAUAUAGUGGCAUUGCGCAUCCAUCAAACAGCGUGCUCGGUCUCUCGAACCCCUCCCAUCAUGCCGUCGACCGACCCGUCUUUCGGGUCCAACAACCCUUUCCGCCGCAAGACAAGCAACCCCUCUCCGGCCUCCACAAUAUCGACAAGCUCCAUAGCUGCUAACUCUAACGCCGAUGGGGCCUUCAAUGCGCCGCCCAGUACCUUCCGACCGCCACUCACUACAUUCAAGACUGCUGCGUCGGAGGAAGAUGGACGAGAGAAGGACACACCGCAACUGGCGCCCAAGAAGAUUGUGAAGAAGGUGCGGGUGCAAUCACCUCCUCCGUCCUCUCCGGAUGAUGUGGUUCCGGUCAGGAGCUAUGUGGACGAUGACGACGACGACGACAACGACGAGAGCAGCAGCGUUGAUUCACGGCGCGACGACGACAGGGCGGACCCUUUUAGUGCAGGGGAUGCAACGGACGAACCUCCGUUGCCUCGAGCCCCGCCGAAUCCCUUCUCAAAGACGCUACAGGACAUGGAACAGAAAACACAGGGUCCGGAUGUUCAUGCCGUCGUUGGUGCAGGUGGAAGGGGAUCUCUGGACGUGGACUCAUUCAGAAGGCUGUUAUUGACAGGCUAUUCGAACGUCCCAGCGCUCACGCCCACGAUAGGAUUAGCGGGCUCCAUUCCGGCCCACGACGGAGCCAGCAACACCGAUGCGAGCUCCGUGUCUCGCCAGUCCACAUUUGAUGCUAUGCAAGACACGCCGAGGACUUCCCACGAGAUAUCCGAUUUGGAAGAGCCCGAAGAGCGGCGGGGAAUCCUGCCUUCCUCCCCAUUAGCAACUGUGCAAUCCGCGUCUGGUCGAAAAAAGCCUCCGCCUCCCAGCUCGCGUCAUGGCAAGCUCAUCAAGAUGGACCUCGGAGCCAGCAACACCAGCAAAUCUUCACCAGCAAUUUCAGUGGACACCACAUUACCUGCCAGCCUUUCACGCAAAUCCUCCCAGAAUCAGUCACCCCCGUCAAGCUCUGAUGUCAAUAAGCCUCUUCCGCUUCCGCCAACCCGUACUCUGAGCCAGGAUGAGAUUGAUUCGCCCUUUGACCGAGAAGCAGCCGGCAAGCUCCCCGAGGCAUUAUCUCCCGUCACCAAUCAGCCCUGGCCACUGUCGCCCCCCGUCGGCUCAACACGUCCUCGCUCAGAUUCGCGCAGCAGCACACGUACCACCAAUAGUGUUCGUAAGCCUGCAGCUCCUCCGCCGCGUCGUCACGGGCGGUCCGACAGCAGAGUGCCAUCCAUCACUGGCAACACAACUGAAGAGGACCCGCCGCGUAGUUCUCUCGAAUCGAAUCGUUCUCGCUCCGACAGCCUGCGCGUGAAUUCCUCUUCCAACGCUGGAUAUCUGGCAGCACCACCAGCUCCACCACCCCCUCGACGGCCAAGCCACGCUCGCCAGAGCAGUUCCUACUCUAGCCUCCAAGCAGCCAGUUUCACACCUAUCACCAAACCCGAUGCGAGCGACGAAGCGGGGUCACCGGGACCAAUGGAUUUCGCUCCCAUGGAGCACCAAAACUCAAGCACCAUGGCUACAGUUACGACGACCAACGAUGGCCUGGCAAAGCUAUCGCCACCUCCUCCACCACCGGCACGGCAUUCGAGCACGAGGCGGCCAGCCAGUCUGCGUAGCAUGGAAGCAACCAGCAGGAAGGUCAGCCGCGAGAAGGAGGGCGGAAUGGCACCGCCUCCCCCGCCGCCGCCGAGAGCGAGGGGAAGUAGCAGAGGCAGCAUCGAUGGUCCCGCAACCGGCGGAGUUGCGAGGAGACCCAGUGCCGAAGUUAAGAGGGUGGAGGAAGAGCACUCCGUGCCAGCAGGGGAAGCUGGUGGUACGGAAUUACUCAAGGGCAUAGAAGAUCUGGAAGCCUUAAAGAGGGAGGUUGAAGCUCUUAUGGGCAAGUCUACGAACCACGAAGGGUGAAUUUCCGAGACGAGGAAUACAACAUCUCACAGGCGCUGGGCCGGAUUAGAUGGAUAACUUGGCUGGACGACACGGGACAACGACUUUUGAAACCCCAUCGAAGGAAACAGGAAGCGUUCUGAUCCAAAACUAACUAUGCAUACAGGCGACGCAUUGACUUGGACAGUUGUUUUGGUGCAUUAGUUAGGCACCUUACGAGCUAUGCGGUUAUGACAUGGCUGGAGGCUCGGGCUGACACGGCGUUACAUGUACAUGGUCUGAUAUGAAUAUAGGCAAGCUAGCUAGCACUCGGGCAGUAUGGAAGGAAAGGGCGUGACUUUCUGUACAGUAAUUGAUAAUGCUGCUAGAUAUUGGUUUUCCAGUAUAUUGAUUGCAA